UGAAAGAGACGAUCGUUUUGUUAAAAUUAUUUUUUACAUCAAGUAAUUUUAAGAAUACUUGUAAACAUAAAAAAUAUCUUAUAAUAUGGAUAUUACUAGGUAUCUGCGCUGUUUACAUUAAAAAAACACUAUUUCACGCAUCACUGCCCAUGCUGUUAAAAACUAUGGCAACAAACAAUAAUGUAGAUGUGUAUACUAUGAAAAAUCAUAAUAGCGUAUAUUAAAUAGAGUUGAACGUUUCGUAAAAAUCAAUGUUAUAGUGAUUGAAAAUAAAAUUAGUUAUGCCAAUUGUAGUGAAAAAAUUUACUUGGUGGCAAACCGAGAGUAAAGUGUUAGUAAAAGUCGAAAUACCUUUUGUUUCUCAAAAGAAUGCCACUGUGUUGACGUCAAGUAAACUGCUUAAAAUUAGUCAUUUGCCACAUAUUUUUGAAAUAUUGCUUUGGGAUGAGAUUAAUGAAGACCAAAGUAAAUGCACGUUUAGUAACGACCAUGUAUUGUUUGAGUUGGAAAAAACCAGUAAUAGGCAUUGGGAGAGCUUAGAGUUGCAAAAGCCGAAAGAUGAAUUAAAAAUAAUUAAAAACGAUAUCUUAAACGAAAUUGCUGAACAACACCGAAAGAAAAUUGAAGAAAAAAAAGCCCUCAAAGCAAAACGAGAUCGAUUAUCUGUACAAGAACAAAUAGAUCGAGAUAAUGAUGAACACAAACGUAUUCAGAGCAUCAGAGAAGAAGAAAAAAAUAAAGUGUUGGAAGAGUUAUAUUCAUGGAAGUCCAAUGAAGUUGUACAUAAUCAGUGCAAUAGAAGCUCGGUUAGUAUCAAAGAAAUUUUCGACGACACCGAAAGUACUAAAUUUAUGACAAAGCAUGAUGUUAAAUCCGCAGAAAAAGAACAUGUUGUAGAAGUACCAAAGCCUAGAAGUUUUAAAACGGUUGAAGUCAAUUUUACGCCUAGACAUUUUCCCACGCCCAGCAGAGAAUCGACCCAAGCGGAAGAGCAAGAAUGGCUGAAAAAACAAAUGGACGCUCGGAGAGCUGCUGGUUUUGUAGAAGAAGAUCUUAGGCCGGAAGAGCACGAUCCGGAUUGGUGUUUGGCUAAAGGAGACACAUUCACGACGGAACAUAACUACAUAGGAGCUAUAAGCGCAUACUCGCACGGCAUAAAGUUAAGUCCGAAAAUGGCCGUACUUUACUUAAACCGGUCGAAAGCACACAUCCGUGUGAAAAAUUACCACAAGGCCAUCGAAGAUGCUACAACGGCAUUGGAAUUAAUGGUACCCCGCGUCGAUGGAAAUUUGCUGUGGAGAGCCGAGGCGUAUUUUAAUCGGGCCAUAGGGUUAAUCGAAUUGGAAAACGCGCAUUUAGCCGUCGACGAACUUAAAGCGGCAAUGACGUUGGUGCCGGCACGUUGCGAUAUUUACGGGCCAGAAUUGCAACGUGCCAUAAAUUUAGCUUCUAUACACAAAGAAGCCUGCGACAGGGCUAAUAAUUCAGGCAACGCUCCGACCAUCGUGUAUAAAUAAAAGUAUAGCAUUAAACGUGAUUUGAAUGAUUAUGCGAUAAUUGUACAUAUGGGAAUAAAUAUAUACAUUCACAGUUAAUAUUAUAUUAUUAUUAUAAAAA